AUGGAAAGAUCUCUGCUGCCGAGCCCCCGCGCCGGUCCCAGCUCAGGGGUGCAGGGGAACAACACAGACACAGGAACGGCGCAGCCCCGAGCCCACCCUCCCCCCUUUCCCCAAAGUUUCUCGGCGCUGUGGGACAGAGUCCGGAGUCCGGGCCCGAGCACAGGCCGGGCUGUCCGAGCAGAGUCCGGGCCCGAGCACAGGCCGGGCCCGAGCACAGGCCGGGCUGUCCGAGCACAGGCCGGGCUGUCCGAGCAGAGUCCUGGCCCGAGCACAGGCCGAGCUGUCCGAGCACAGGCCGAGCUGUCCGAGCACAGGCCGGGCUGUCCGAGCACAGGCCGGGCUGUCCGAGCAGAGUCCGGGCCCGAGCACAGGCCGGGCUGUCCGAGCAGAGGCCGGGCUGUCCGAGCAGAGGCCGAGCUGUCCGAGCAGAGGCCGGGCUGUCCGAGCACAGGCCGGGCCCAAGCAGAGGCCGGGUUGUCCGAGCAGAGUCCUGGCCCGAGCACAGGCCGGGCUGUCCGAGCACAGGCCGGGCUGUCCGAGCAGAGUCCUGGCCCGAGCACAGGCCGGGCUGUCCGAGCAGAGUCCUGGCCCGAGCACAGGCCGGGCUGUCCGAGCACAGGCCGAGCUGUCCGAGCAGAGUCCUGGCCCGAGCACAGGCCGGGCUGUCCCCGCUGCUCUCAGGCGCAGCGCUAA